UUAGAGAAGAAAAAGUGUUUGCUAGAGCAAUAUUUGGCUUUGAGCUUGAGAAGAAAGAUUUAUUAAAGUGAGAAAACAAAAACAAUUUAAAAGACAAAAGUAAGGCAAGAGGGGGGGGCGGGGGAGCUAGGCAACUUUCAUUUCCUUUUUAGACUUGGUUCCUCUCUUUUUGUCUUGUUAUCAAAAUCACAAAUCCUAACAACAACUUCAUCAUCAUUUUUCUCUCUUCUUUGGAACUUCUCUCUUCUCUAUCUCAAGAAAAUUUAUAAAGAGAAGUUCCAAAGAAAAAAGUAUAUAUGGCACCAGUUUCAUUGCCUCCGGGUUUCAGGUUUCAUCCAACUGAUGAAGAACUUGUUGCUUAUUAUUUGAAAAGAAAGAUCAAUGGCAGGAAAAUUGAACUUGAAGUCAUUCCUGAAGUUGACCUCUACAAAUGUGAGCCAUGGGAUUUACCAGAUAAGUCCCUAUUGCCUAGUAAAGAUAUGGAAUGGUACUUCUUCAGUCCUCGUGAUCGUAAAUAUCCUAAUGGAACGAGAACAAAUCGUGCAACGAAAGCUGGUUACUGGAAGGCUACCGGUAAGGAUAGGAAAGUAAAUUCACAAAUGAGGCCAAUUGGAAUGAAGAAAACCCUUGUGUAUUAUAGAGGAAGAGCACCUCAUGGAACUCGAACCGGUUGGGUUAUGCAUGAAUAUCGUUUGGAAGAAAGAGAAUGUGAAGUUGCUAAUGGCUUCCAGGAUGCUUAUGCACUUUGUCGUGUAUUCAAGAAGAGUUUGAAUGCUCCAAAAAUUGGAGAUCAUUAUGGUAGUGAUCGAUCAGGUUGUAGCAUCAAUGAUCAAUUGUAUACUGAAGGAGGAAGAGGUGAAGAUUCUGAUUAUGGAAUAAUGCCUACAACAACCUCAUCAUCUAUGGUUCUCCAUGGUUCAUCAACAUUAAUGAAUGUUGCACCUAGUCCAAGCAAUGAUGAUAAUAAAUGGAUGCAAUACUUGUCAGAUGAAGCUAAUUUCUCUUUCAAUAACAAUCCAUCAUUUCACACUAAUGGACCUUUUCCAUACAAUCACCCAUCUAAGGUUGAUAUAGCAUUAGAGUGUGCAAGGUUGCAGCAUAGAUUUGCAUUGCCUCCAUUGGAAGUGCAAGAUUUUCCCCAAGUAGGAUAUGUGAUGUCUCAAUCAAAUGAUGUUAUGUAUGAUCAUCAGAGUACAACAAAUCAAACAGACAUUGUACAGGAAAUCCUAUCUGUAGCCCAAGCUUCACAUGACUUUACAAAUCAAGAAUAUUCAUGGGAUGGAAAUUAUAAUAAUAUUAAUUAUGGAGAUGACUUCUCUUUUCUUCCUCAUAAUAAUAACAACCAAAUCCAUCAUGACUUGGGUAAUUCCUUCAAUUUUAUGGACCAAUUAAAGGAAGAUGAUGAUCACAAUAAUUCCAUUGCAAUUGGUGAUUUUGAUGAGGAUUUCAAAUCUGAGACUAUGGUUGAAAGAUUGAGAUGGGUAGGUAUGUCAGAAAAGGAUGACAAGACCUUUCUUGAGGAGUACGAGACUGUUCCAAUAGAACAUAUUUCAGGUCCCCAUAAAGAGGAACAAGAUCAGCUCCAAGGAGAAGCAAACAAUUUUUCAUUAGGAUUUGGUAAUGAUGAGAAGUUGUUGGAUGAUGAAGAAACUGAUGGUUUUUCAAGUUCUCCAAGCUUUGAAGUUUAUGAGAAAAUUGAAGUGAACCAAGGGAUGUUUAUUGCCACAAGGCAAGCAGCUAAUACAUUCUAUCAUCAAGUGGCACCUUCAAAAACAGUUACAAUCCAUAGAGACCUAGUCAAAGUGCAUGAUUUUCCCAUAACUAAAAUAACAAAAAGUGCAACAUUUCUUGACACAUUUAUGGCAUUUUCAAGGAAAACUCUAGUUAUGAGAGUCAAUUGGAAGGGAACAAUGAGCACUUUGGUACAACUGAUUGCACCUUUACAUACAUUUUGGAGUAUUUUGGGGAAUGCUUAAACAAUCAAGACAGGAAGAAGCAAUCAAAAAAUGUUUACCAUAUUAACUGUUCCUUCAAUUCUUUCUUAGUACCAUUUUUUUCUUCUUUUGCUUUUGUUUGCUAUAGAUUAGCUUGUUGUAAUGCUAACCACAAUUAAUUGUUAUUAAGGAAAAGCUUAACUUAAGCCCCCCCCUGAAAAUUGACACAGCUGAUGUAAGCUCUUGAUAUAGAUUGUAUUUGUUCUUUUUCAAUAUCUAAUCAAUACUUUCAUUUUA